GAGGUGUAGGUGUCUUGGUGACCGAAUAUUUCAACAAAGAUACCUAUGCUUCCGCAGAAUCGUCAAAUCCCGAUAUUAUUCUCGCCCAUAAGGGAAAUCUUAUCGAAAAAAAUAUUGAAAAUUUAGAUGUUAAAGUUGCUGAGAGGUUGGAUAAUAGGCUUAGUAUGAUUGAAGAUACAGUAUGUAAUGAAGUGAGGGAAUUGAGGAAUGAAGUUAAGGAAGUGAGGGAAAAAUUUGAUAAAUCUGAGGAGACGUUUGAGAAUUCGCGUAGAAGGA